CUCUCGCGGUGCAAAGUGGGUGGUGGGGGUCGCAACGUCGAGAGGGAGGUGCCGCGCGCAACGAAUCACAGCCCACGAUCCACCACUCCACUGCCUGGCGAUCCUGAACAAGUGAACAUUAGUCGUUAACAAACUGUUGGUGGAUGAACACGCGCCCGUUCUGAGUUCUUCAACAAACGACGUUGAGAGCGCGGAGUUUUGAGUUAGUGAUGUGACAAUUUUUUGUUUGUGAGAUAUAUUUUUUGUUUUUUUUUUUGUGGACCGGCUGACAAUUUGUCUUGUUUUUUGUUGUUGUUGUAGUGGUCAACUCCUAUGUGAACGCCACAUGAGCCCCUUCUCUCUCACCGGGUGCACGUAAAGACCAGCAGGACCCGCGGCCCUCUGCCGCCCCGCGUCAAUGACGAUGGCCGAGAGCGCCGCCACGCACGACAAGGCGAACAACAACCGCCCCACGGUCGUCAACCAUAACCACAACCACCGCGGCGUGGGCAAGACGAAGAAGAGGAAGCGGCUGAGUCAGGUCUUGGACAAGCUCAUAGGUGGUUCGUCGCCACCCCAAGACAAUGAACCGUCCCCAGACCUCCUCAUCAACAACAACGUCCAGUUCUAUAACAACAACAAAGGAGACACCCUAGAAUUGAACGAGCUCAAAGCACCGAAACAUUACCGUCCAGAGGUAUUCAAAUUCGAUAUUCCUGAUCGCGACCGUUACAAGACUGUCAGCGAAGACGAAGACGUAUUCAGUCCAGCCAGCUCAAGCAACAAAUCACCACAUAGCUCGACAGAAUCUCCCAGGAUAAGAUUCAGUCCUCUCAGGAUCAAGGAUGACCCAAGCCCCAGUCCACCUUCUAUGCAAAGACCGCCUAUGUGUGCCUGUUACCAAUGUGUAACAGGAGUAGGGGUAGGGCAUCAUCCUCCUCCCUUACAUCCCUACGAUCGAUUCUUUCCUGCCUCACCUAUCUCGCCUUUGACCCCUGCCUCUCCUGCUCCUACCUACAGUUUCGAACGAUACCUUCACUCCAAGUACCUUCCCGAUAUAUUUCGAAAGAGAAGUCACUCCGACUCAGACUUGCCGCUGUGGUUCGAAGAUGCCAGAGCAGAUAGAGCACGAGCACCUCCAGUAUGGCCACAUCCUCUCACAUUAUCCACUGGGUGCGGUAAAGGAUCAGUAGAAUCGGACACUUUAUCGCCACAGGAAUCUCCUUUAGAUCUGUCAAUGAAAACUUCACGGAGCAGAGAUCACUUAGAAUGCAUGGUACCACCAUCUCUCCAGCUGCUCCCUCCUGGGUUCAUGCCACCUCGUGGCCCAGUAUCAGUACCUGUAAUCAAGGGCGACGUUGCUUCCCACACAACGAAGGAAUCAGUUGCAUCCAGAUACAACUUGGAAGUAUCACCAGUGGUCGAAGAAAUGCCACCCGGUUCGGACGUAGCCUACGUUUGCCCGGUUUGCGGGCAGAUGUUCAGCUUGCACGAUCGUCUUGCCAAACACAUGGCCUCCAGGCACAAAAGCAAGCAAACUGGUACCGAAACCGCAGCGAAAGCGUACCUUUGUGAAGUGUGCAAACGGUCAUUCGCACGUAGUGAUAUGCUAACUAGACACAUGCGCUUACACACUGGUGUGAAACCGUAUACGUGUCGAGUAUGCGGUCAAGUGUUCUCUAGAUCUGAUCAUUUGUCUACUCACCAGCGAACACAUACUGGAGAGAAGCCCUACAAGUGUCCUCAGUGUCCUUACGCUGCGUGUAGGCGGGACAUGAUCACUAGGCAUAUGAGGACUCACACUAGGUUCGAACCUGACUCCAUUGCUACACAACAACUCAAGGCUGAGCAUCAUUAAAAAUACUUUCUGUGAGUCAUAUUUUCACAGGUAUUAAGUUUUUCGAUUCGUUCGUAGUUUUUGACAAUUUGGAUUGUGUUGUAAGGAAUCCCGGUGUUGUUAUAUUUAAUAUAAUUCUGAUUUCGUUUCAAACCGAUAACUUGCUCACCAAAAAUACUUGGUUGGGGUGAAAUUUAUAUUAAAAAUUGGUAUUGUUGAAUUAUUUAGUCACAUUGACGUAAAAUGAUGUUUUGAACAAAUUGUUAUCUAGUCUUAGCCAGUACUCCCAAAAGUAUUUUUGGUUUCACAAAUACUUAUUCAAAAAUUUCCAGUCAUCGAAUAAGAAUUGUCAGUAUGAUAGGUAUCAGAUCUGUACUCGUCCUCAUUCUUUCAUACAACGACUUAGUGCAUUUCUCUGGAAAAAAUCACUAAUGGAAGAGCUCUUUGGAUUUUAUUUCAAAUUGACUGGACAUUUUUGCUCAAUAUCAUACCAUGUUUUGCCUUGUUGAUGAAGAUCUCAUACCAUUCCACUAUGUUAAUAUUGCCAGGUCAGUCUGAUGAUAUAAUCGACUAACACAAGCCGUGUCGCGAGUGCCAAAUGAGUGGCCAGUGGCAAUGCUUUGCCAGCAUAUCACUCGUUUUUUAUACACAAUUUCCUAAUAAUAACUUAACCACCUUUCUGAUGUUUGACUGUAUAAUUUCAUCAUAGUUUCAACCGAAUUUUCAAUGAAAUGAAAAGUUGAAUGUUCAGUGAUUUUGGAUAGCUUGAUAACAUUUUUGAGUUUAUUGAUCAAUUAUUAUACAGAAUACGUAUAGAUAUGUAGAAAUAACAUGAAGACAGCAGCAUUAUAAAAGACAUUUCGAUUGAAUAGGAUAAUGAUAAAAAUAAUACC